GAACGGAGGACUCAUGGGGGCCGGGCCGUCAAGUGCCGAUGAGAAGCUUCGAGCCGACGUAACUGUCAAGCUCCACGGUGCCAAACGAGCUCGAGGAGAUGGGCGACCCAACAAGACCCUUUUGGAGGAUGCCUUCAAUGCCGUGGGCCCCGAUUCGGCGGGGACCAUCAGUUUCCUGCAAUUCAAACGGGCCUCGGAGCGCUUGGGGAUCCGCGGUGUCUCCGAGAAGCAGCUAAAGGUGGCCUUCACUCCCUUCGAGGUCUCUCACGCUGGUCGUUUUGCAUGCGCAGACUUCGUAGACUUUGUUUGUGAAGAGCGCAGGCCUGCGCCGACAGGCCCAGAGCCAAAGCGGCGUCCAGCUUCAGGUAUGGCAGCGAGGCCCAAGGAUGUGCUCUCCGACACCUCCGAGAUGGGCCUCCGAAUGUCGGCCGCGCGCAUCGCGGACGCCAUCUUCGAUAAGGAGGUGGAUUUGCGAGAAGCCUUUAAGAAGUGGGACAGGAAGAAUCUCGGCGGGCUUGACGAAACUGAAUUCCAGGGCGCUCUCUCCAGUUUGGGAUUCGACGCAUCACCGGAGAUGGUCUCAGCUGUCUUUAAGGUGUUUGACUUGAAAGGAGACGGUCGUGUUUCCUGCUGGGAGUUCACCCGGGGCCUUCACAACCUGCAAGCGGCUGCUGAAGCGACUGCAUCGGAAGAGGAGCGGCGGGCACGAAGAGAUAGGAAGAAAGCAUCUGCACUUCGAAAACAGGAGAACCAGCUGACCGUCAUCGGGGCUGGUUUAGGUGGAGGACAUUUGCCAGAGGCUACUGCACUGUCCGGAGCGCUUGCGGGGGACGAUGCUGCAUGCCUCAGGAAGGCGCUCCGCGCCGCAGAAGACGCGGGAGUAGAUGCAGAGGAUCUGAAGGCUGCCAAGUUGAAACUUCAAGAGCUGGAAGAGAAAGCUGCCGCCGCAGAUGCGUUGGAGGACGCGAUGGACGCCCAGCCGCGGAGCGCCCGGCGCUUGCGGCGAGCGCUGGAAGACGCCGAAGCGGCGGGGCUCGGUGAGGACAGCCUAAGAGGGGCACGAAAGAGUUUGGCACGAGAGGAGUGGAGGGAUCAAGUGAGAGGAAGACUACAGGAGGCCAUGCAGCGUCGGGAUAUUGCAGAGCUGCGCGAAGCGAUUGCAGAUGGUGAGGCUGCAAGCUUGCCUGAGGAUGAAUUGGUUCCCGCAAGGGAGAUUUUGGCAGAGGAAGCGCGGCGUGCACGAGCACGUGAAGCUUUGGAGAAUGCGCGUGACGCAACCAGCUUGCAAGAGGCCAUUCGCCUGGGCGAACGGGUUGGCUUGAGCGACUCAGAGCUCGAGAAAGCUCGCAAGGCUCUCGAAGAGUUGACUGGCCGCGAUUCUGCCGAGCAGCAGUUGAGGGAAGCUAUUCGUACAAGGGACAUCUCUGCCCUGCAGAAGGCCAUUGCACAAGGAAAGGCGCAGGGAGCAAAUGCUUCGUUGAUCGCAGAGGCUGAGCGCUUGCUUGAUGAAGAGUCUCAAAAGCAAAAUGCACGGAAGAGACUGGAAGAUGCAAUGGCAAGUGGGGAUGUUGAGCAGCUGGGUGAUGCCCUUCGGCACGCUCUAGGAGUGUUGCCCGAGCAUGACAGCACGCUGCAUGCAGCUCGAGAGCAGCUAAAGAUAUUGGAAGGGCAGGCAGCAGCUCGAAGAGAUCUGGCUGAAGCCAUGAAGUCAGGUGAUGCUUCUCGCUUGCGGAAGGCCCUUGAAGCAGCAGAAGCUGCAGGUCUGAGCAGUACAGAUUUAGCAGGAGCUCGAGAGAUGUUGGAUGUCGAGACUCGUAGACUUCAAGCUCGAGACGCCUUGAAAUCAGCCCUUCUUUCGGAGGAUGUGGCUCGACUUAGAGCUGCCAUCCAUGAAGGAGAACAUGUCGGGUUACCCGAGGAUGAGCUCACCGAAGCGCGCCAGCGCCUCGCCAGGCUUGAGGACCAAGCUUCCGCGCGGCGGAAGCUUGCUGAAGCGAUGUCGUCCAGAAAGGUACAAGAUCUUCAAGAAGCGAUUUCAUUUGGAGAAUCUAUGGGCUUAGGUGAGAAGGAGCUGGCUCCCGCUCGCCGGGCUUUGGACUCAGAGCUGCGCAAGGAGCAAGCACGUUCGCACUUGCAAAGGGCUGAAGCUUCAGGAGACAGCAACGAAUUAGCGAAAGCAAUUGAGGAGGCCAAAGCAGCUGAACUGGGGCCGGCUGAACUUGCCAGUGCGCAGGCUGCUUUGAAGAGGGCGGAACGCAAAGCAGCAGCUCGCACGCGGUUGCAGGAGGCCGUGCGUUCCGGAGAUGCAUCGUCGAUUCGAAGUGCUUUGGAAGAAGCAGAAGCCGCAGGCUUGAGUGAAGAAGAGCUCCAAGAAGCCAGAGACAUGUUGAGCACACAGGACUUGAAAGCUGUUGCUCGACGUCGAUUGCAAGAUGCUACCGCUAGCAGAGACAAAGAAGCACUGCAAGUUGCCUUGGACGGUGCAGCUGCUGCUGGGCUCUCACCAGAUGAUGUAGAAGUUCGAGAAGCUCGCCGUGUCCUGGAAGAAGAGCUUCGAAAAGAGAAUGCGUCUCAAGCUCUUCGAACUGCCGCAGCUGCGUCCGAUGUGUCGGCCUUGAAGUCCGCUUUGGAAGAAGCUCGAGCUGCCUCCGUGCGCGCUGCUGAGAUUGCCGAGGCGGAGGCCAUUCUCAAGCGCUUAGAAGCCCAAAAGGCCGCACGAGAGGAGCUUCAAAAGGCCAUGUCAUCCAGGAAGACGGAGGAUCUUCAGAAAGCGAUCCGAUCUGGUGAAGAGGCAGGUCUUCAAAGUGAGGUGGAUGCAGCUCGUGCGGUGCUUGAACAGGAAGAACGCAAGGCUUUAGCCCGACGAGCUUUGCAAAAGGCCAUGGUCACUCGCAAUGAGGCAGCCUUACAAGAAGCUAUUCGAGAAGCAGAAGCCGCUGGUCUUCCCGCACACGAGUUGGCAGCUGCCAGAGCAGCUUUAGCAGCUGAAGAUGAAAAGAGCAAGGCUCGCAAACGCUUGGAACAAGCCAUGGCCGAACGUGCCAUUGGCCCUCUGAAAUCUGCACUUGCUGCAGCCGAACGGGCACAGCUCAAAGCCGAAGAGCUGUUGCCUGCCAAAGAGUUGCUGAAGGAGCUGGAAGAGAAGGACGCGGCCAAAAAGAAGCUCCGAGAAGCCAUGGCUUCUCGUGACCCGAGUCGUUUGAGGGCAGCCAUUGCCAAAGCUAAAGCAGUGGGCCUGAAGGAGGAUGUGGCGGAGGCCGAGCGUAUUCUGGCAGAAGAGGAGGCGAAAGAGGAAGCCAGGAGAAGGUUGGCCGCAGCCGAAGCGGCCGGGAGCAUUCCAGAGCUCGAGGCCGCGCUGGAGGCCGCGACUGCUGCCCAGCUGCGGCCGGAUGAGUUGCGAGCAGCGCAGCAGCGCCUGGAGCAGCUGCGACGCCGUGAGGCCGCGCGGACGGCGCUCCAAGAGGCCAUGAGGCAAGAUGAUGUGGAGCAGUUGACGCAAGCUCUACGUGCAGCUGAAGGGGAAGGGGUGGAAGACAGCUUGCUGGAUGAAGCUCGUCGACUCCUGCGACAGAAAGAGAAGUUGGCUCGAGCUAGAGAGGCUUUACAACGAGCUCUUGGGCAGGGUGAGAUCAACGAGCUCCGCUCCGCGAUCGAACACGGCCGCGCCAACGGUUUGGAGGAGGAGGAGUUAGCAGCGGCAGAGGCAAAGCUGAAGGAGAUGGAAGAGGCUGAAGAAUUGGAAAGGAAGCGAAGGGAAGAAGAAGCUGACCGAGCAGAGCGAGUUCGUGAGGAAGAGCGUUUGGCGAUGUUGGAACGUGCCAAGCAAGAUCAUGCAAAGGAUUUGCUUCAGAAAGCUCUUGGUUCCAGAGAUAUGGAUGCCUUACGUGCUGCGAUCGAUGCUGCCACAAAGGUGGGGCUGGAUGAAAGCAGUAUUGAUCAAGCUCGGCAGGCCCUUGAGGAGGAAGAAGCCAAAGAACAAAAGCUUCUUGAAAUGCAAUCUGCACGGAAUGCUCUUGCAGCAGCGGUCUCAUCGGGGGACAUCAAUCGAUUGCAAGAUGCGUUGCAGCGUGGUGCUUCCGCGGGGUUGGAGGACUCCGAGUUGGAUGCUGCCAGAGAAGCCCUGGAAAGGUGUGAAAGAAGAGCUUCUGCUCGUGCAGCUCUGCAGGAGGCCCUGAAGAGUGGAGCUUCUUUGGAUCAGAUCCAUGAGAGCCUUCGGAAGGCCGAAGCCCUCGGUGGGAGUGGAAAUGAAGCAGAUGCACUGCUCAUUGAAGCAGUCAAGAAGAAGGCAGCACAAGAGCAGGCAAAGAAAGACCUGGAAGAAGCACUUUCGUCAAACGAUGUGGAGAAGAUCCGGCAAGCGCUGCUCAAGGCAGGUGAGGCGGGUUUGAGUGCCAAUGUGUUGCAAGAUGCGAUCGCUGAAUUGCAAAGACUGGAGCGAAGGGCGGAUGCCCAACAGAAGCUGCAGCACGAACUAGAAGCUUCUAGAGCGCAUAGCACCGAUGUGGAGAAGCUUCGAGGUGCUAUCGAAGCUGCCAGCGAGGCAGGUUUGGAUGUCAGUGAGGCAGAGGCUGCACUAAGGGAAGUUGAGAGGCGAGCAACAGCACAACGGCGAUUGUCGAAUGCCAUGAGUUCCAGCCCGGCGAAUUUGGAUGCCUUGAGAGCAGCCUUGGAAGAGGCCAAGGAAGCUGGGCUUGAUGGAGACGUCGUCAAGGAGGCGGAAAAAAGGCUUUCACAAGAAGAAGAGCGUGCGAAUUUGACGCGGACUUUGCAGAAGAUGGGCACUGCAACUCUCGCAAAGGACGCGACAAGCCUUGGCCUGGAUGCUACGAGCCCUGUCGGUCCCUUUGAGACAUUGCGUCCCGACGCAGGCGAUGAACCUGACAGAAUACACACCGCUGUGGUCAAGUGCACCCCGACCUCGCAAACGAUCAUCGCGGAGAAGGCGGAGUACAUUUUCAAGAAGGCCCCAGUGGACGAUGCCACGCCUCAUGAAGACCUGAUGAGGACCUUGCGACAACGCAUGCGAAAGGUGAAUGUCUCUCCUGCAGAAGCCUUGUCCCAAACAAUGCAGGUGCCAGCUAUUGCCACUUCUCGUGGUGAUGGGAGCACACUACCACCCGUAGAUUCAGAUGUGGCCCAGGCCUUCGCAGAGCAACUUCAGAUGUCUCUAUCCACCGCCAGGACCAUCAAAUUCUUGCAAGAUGUGGAUCAGGCCUCAGGUGGUGAGGGCAACAGUGAGGUGUCCGUGCCCGCUUUCCUCGAUGCCUUAAACGGAUCAACUGGACGAAGUACUGGGCCGUCUGGUCCGACAGCUCCAUCUGGGCCGUCUGGAGGUCCAGGUGACACGUUGUUCACAGGGCCUCAUGCGGCGGCAGCAGCACGAGAGGAAAAGAAGAGGCAGCUGAUGCAACAGAGUCGACCACAAGAGAAUUUGCGGCAGCUGGUGCUCCAGCAACGGGUGAGCCAACUGAGCCGAAAGGAAGCUCAGCUGGUGACGAAUUUGCGAGAAGCGUUGUUCGAGCGGCGCUCCAACAUGCAGAAGAUGUUCAAAAGUGUUGACCUGAAUGAUGAUGGAGUUGUGACACUAGAGGAGUUUCUUCAUGCUCUUGAAGGUGCUGGAGUUGCUGUGGGUCAUGAGAUCGAUCGUGCUCGCGCACAGGUCACCGAAGAAGAAGCUGCACGCAUGUUGGCGUAUUUUGAUCGCAGUUGCACCGGAACGCUUCAAUACAAUGAGUUCAUGCGACUCCUACAGGGCACACUGGACUUGACCGAUGAGGCUCCAUGGGAUCCCGAGCUGGCCAGACGCAUCCCGGACAUUGGCGAAUAUCGAGGUGGGCCAAAGCCAGCCCUCAGUGGGACGCAACUGGUUCGAGCAGCGGCAGGGCUGAGGGAGGACUCUGACGAGCGGCAGGUUCAGAAUGUUUUCGCAAAAUGGGACGUGAACAACGAUGGAAAGAUAUCAGAGAGGGAGUUCCUCUCUGUUCUCCGAAAGGUCGAUCCCAAGAUCCGCGACCAGGAUGUAAGGCGUUUGUUCGAACAAGCCGAUUGCAAUGGAGAUGGCGUCGUGGACUACCAUGAGUUUGUCUCGUGGCUCUUCCAAUCCGCUUAAGUCUCUCUUUCGGCAUUUUUCCGCCGCUGCCGUGGCUCUUCCGGUCGCAAGACCGGCGCCGUCCGCGCCCAAGGCGCUUUCAACCUUUUAGCUAUUGGUGCUGUUCAAUGGUGCCACUCAUUGCAAGAUAUCUUUGAUCGGU